AAAAAUAUCCAAAAACCUUCAAGCUUCAAGCUUCAACCUUGCUUAAAAAAACCUUAAGCCAGAAACUACAAAAAAUUAUUUAGAUGCAACGAAGAUAGACAUAUUGUAAUCGGAGAAAUUUGAAAUAAACGAAGUAGGAAGGAAGGGUAUGAAUGAAUCAGCCAAAUUAUUCAGUGCGCGGUUCCAAGGCGAAAAGUUCAGGAAGAGGUAGUUCUUCGGUAAAAAUGAAAUCAUCAUCAUCAUCAAUAUCAAUAAUUGAAAAAGAACCCCCUCCUAAUUUGUUUCCUUCCAAGCACGAAUUUCCCAGACUCAUCGUUGUUAUUACCGUCGCAUCGCUAGUUGCUUGGACCUGCAAUCUCCUUUUCACUUCUCUCCUUCAUCCACCUACAAAACCCUUUUGCGAUUCCAACCUCAAUUCUUAUGAUUUCUUUCCCGAUAAUUGUGAACCUUGUCCAAGUAAUGGAGAAUGCAAUGAUGGAAAAUUGGAAUGUCUUAGUGGUUACCAAAAGCAUGGCAACUUGUGUGUAGAAGAUGGAGAUAUCAAUGAAUCAGCUCGAAAAAUUGUGGAGAAAGUGGAACAUCACCUCUGUGGAGAAUAUGCUCAAUAUUUGUGCUCUGGAACUGGCUCAAUUUGGGUUCAUGAUGAUGAUUUGUGGAAUUAUUUCGAGCCAGUGGGAAAUGUCAAAGAGGACAAUGCACUUUAUAAAUAUACAAAACAAAAGGCAUUUGACACUAUGGAUAAAUUAUUAGAGAUGAGGUUAAACUCUCAUGGGAUGAAGGAAUUCAAGUGUCCGGAUUUGCUAGUGGAGCAUUACAAAUCAUAUGCCUGCCGCUUUCGUCAGUGGAUCACACAACAUAUUAUAGUUGUUUUGCCCAUUUGUGCCAUGCUUGUUGGAUGCACAAUUUUGUUUACGAAUGCCCGUCGAAAGCUACGUAUGUCGAGACGAGUUGAGGAGCUUUACAACAAGGUCUGUGAAAUUCUUGAAGAGAAUGCAUUGACAUCAAAGAGUGUAAAUGGUGAAUGUGAACCCUGGGUUGUUGCUUCUAGGUUACGGGAUCACCUGCUUUUACCAAGAGAGAGGAAGGACCCUUUAUUAUGGAAAAAGGUAGAAGAAUUGGUUCAAGAAGAUUCCCGCAUAGAUCGCUAUCCAAAGUUGGUGAAGGGUGAAUCAAAAGUGGUGUGGGAAUGGCAAGUUGAAGGCUCUCUGAGUGCCUCGAAGAUGAUGACUAAAAGAGAUGCAAGCAAAACAAGGAUCAACGGAAACGUGGACCUAAAUUGUCAACAACGCCCUACAAUAAAAGCAGAGGUUAUGGAACCACAUUUUUGAUACGAAGACUGGUUUGAAUAGUGAUCGUGUCCCAUGUAAAUUAUGAUGGCCUAAAUUCAUGUAGUCUUACGUUGUUUGUGUAGAAAAGGUUGACUGAAAUGUAGAAAUUCUAUUUUUAUUUUUUGGCAAAUGUAGGAAUUAUUAUAUGGUAUACCUUUGCAGCUGCAUUUGAUCAAACAUUAAUUCACCAACAAAAAUGUAGAUUCAUGGAAUCUGCAUGGUUAAAUUAUGGAAUGUGCUUGUAUUGUAAUUUAUACAUCACUUCAUUGAAACUUUUUA